CUUAUUUUCAGUAGUUCAGUACUAACCAUACGGGCAGUAAGUAGUUAGCGAUUACGGUCAGUGGUUAGCGGAGGCGAAGAACGGAUGAGCAUAUCCACAACCACAAACGACGAUGCCUCGUAUUUCCACUCUCUAUCUACUCUCUUACAAUUCUCUUCAGGCUAUUGGAUGGACGGUUUCGUUAAUUAGGAUUCUCUGCAAUCUCGUGGUUACAUCCUCUGUCAACGGAGCUUAUGCUUCUGCCGGCCAGUUAAUUUGUUUUCUGCAAUGCGCUGCAUUCUUGGAAGUUAUACAUGGAGCUGUUGGCCUUGUUCCGAGUGGAGCGUUGCUUCCUUUGAUGCAAUGGGGAGGAAGAACCCACUUUGUGCUUGCAAUUGUUCAGAGACUUGAUGAGGUCCAGGAGUUACCUUCAAUUUGUAUCACUUUUCUAGCAUGGAGCAUAAGUGAGGUUAUUAGAUAUUCACAUUAUGCUUUCAGUUGCUUGGGAAAUUGUCCUUCUUGGAUCACCUAUCUUAGGUACACUGCAUUUAUUGUGCUGUAUCCUUUGGGAAUGGGUCCUGGUGAAAUGUGGGUUAUGUACCAGGCGCUUCCAAUUAUAAAGAAGAAGAAUCUCUAUGCACAUUACUUUUCAGGCCUUCCAUUUAGUUAUUAUGAUUUCCUCAAGGUAAGUUUUUAUAAGCAGCCUAUAACCCAUGAACUGAAUGGAGCUGGUAGUUGGCAUCAGUUAUUUAUGGGUUUUCUUGGUUCUAUACAUUGGGUCUUUGAAUAUCAGACUCUCUACAAGAAGAAAAAAAUAAAAUAGAAACGAGGACAAAAAAUGCUUAGAAAUAGUUGUCUCAAUAUUCAGGGUUGGGAACUGAUUCGUAUAGCACAUGGAAACUGGUUUGGAGUGUAUAUAAAUGCCUUUUUGUUCAGUUUUUUCUAUUUGUAACUUAUUGAUACAAAUGUUGUUAAAAGGGUGUAUAUUAAGAAAAAUAAGAUGAGCAAUAGAGGAACUUUAGUGGGAGAGGCUGUGGCGUAAGUGGAAGGUGAGACAGUUGGUGUGAAAGGAGCUUUUGGGAGGAAAAUUCUGUGUAAAGUUGGUUUAUAUAAUUAGGAGUAGCUUUCGGGGAGAAGUUAGGCAAGAUUUGGGUGAAUUAUGUUCAGCAAGGGCUGAGGGGGGAGAAAGGGGUUGUCCUACUAUCGUUCUUCUUGUUUUAUUUUCUGCAAUUCACUUCCAGUUCUUGUAAUUUGUACUGUUACAGAUAAGUUCCUGUUAUUUUUCUCUAUUCUGCUGGUGUUGUUUCUGUGAUUAGUUUUUACAGGUCGCCAGGUUCCUAUCACUUAUCUGCAUCUGGGAAUUGUUUACUUGUUUAAUUUAUGCUCCAUUUCUCUCAAUCAGGUUGUACUUGUAGUUUAUCCAUUCCUCUGGUCCAAACUUUACCUGCAUUUGUUCAAGCAGCGGCGUAGAAAACUUUAUAAACACCAUGAGAAGAAAACUGCAUGAGGAGUAGUAAUCUUGGUUAUUGAUAUUGUAUUGAACUUGUAUUUUUGGUUCAAUACACUAAGAUAGUGUUUUGUUAAAAAUUCAGAUAAUAACUUUCUGUAUGCGGCACUGGGGAAACUCAUUCCGAAAAUUAUUUGCAUCUCAACUUUUUUCUUUGACUUGAUAAUAGUGCCAAAUAAUGGAAUUGUUGCAUGCAAUUAUGAUUACGAUCUAAGAGCUGAAAGAAACAAGGUGGUGAUUUGUAAUAUAUGCGUGCAGUAUUCUGUACAGAUUUCUACCCCAUGUAUUGAUGUAUACAAUAACUUGUAUUGGUUAAUAAGUUUGACUCUUUG